AUGCCGACGCUAGAUCAAUGCGAACAGCGCAAAGAUAUUAACCAUCUUGUUCACGAAUUUGGAGAUGAAAAAGAGCUGUACAAAGUGUUGAAAGUAAGUGAAUGGUAUUGUAAUAGGUUGACAAUACUAUUAUGAAUGUGUGGUAAACGUUUUGGCAAUUUAAACUAGGAAUUCGGAUUGUUUUUGAGCGAAACGAGCAAGUGUGGUACUUGGUGUCUAGUGUAAUAUAAUUUUUUGGUUUUGUAAGAUUCGGAGCUUAAAUUUUUGGCCAAAAACGGUUUGGAAAGGUAAAUGAGAGGCUGUUUUAGCUACUAUGUGGUUUAUUUUGUGCAUAAUUUCGAGAAAGAUUCGUACUGUUUAGUUCUACCGAUUGACGUGUAGUGUAAUAUUCCUUUUUAAUUUUGAUACUUCAUAGAUAAUAUUUUUGGCUGAAAAUGUUUGUAGAAGAUAGGCAGAAGGUUGUUUGAGCUUUUGCAAUAUAAUUUUUACACUUUGGUACCUUUUUUCAAAAGUUGGAGCUCUAUCUUGCACGGUGCAGUAACUGAUGUCUAGUGUAAUAUCCUUUUUUUGGCGUUUUGAAGUGAAGAUAGGAUAUUUUUAGUUUGGAAAUGCAUUUUUAUGAUGAAGAAGAUAAUUUUAAAAGUAUUUAUAAUAAUAUUAGUAUGUAAAAAGAUAUGGAACAAUUAAAAAUUUUUAGGAAAAGUACAUUUUGCCCUUCCACAAGCUGGAACUCAAUGGAUACCCAAUUCAAGAAGCUUCAAAGGGCGAACGCGAGCAAGCAUAUCUCUUCCCAGAUCAACAUGAACGUUUCGUUUCCACGUACAGAGAUGUUCGAUGUUGUUUGAACUGUAAAAAGUCAUUUUCAAUCACAGAAUAUUCGACUGAACCGCCAGAGAACAAUUGCCAGUUUCAUUGGGGCAAGAAGCCGAAGAAACCCAUCACUUGCAAUUUGUUGAGGAGGAAUCAUAAGAAGUGUAAGAUUUUUUAAAUUUAAAAAAAUGGCAAGGAUUUUCUUUACAAAGCCUAAAAUGACAAGGACUUGCUUUACAACGUAAAAAAUGGCAAGAACUUUCUUUACAAGGUAAAAAAUGGCAAGAACUUUCUUUACAAAGCCAAAAAUAGCAAGAACUUUCUUUACAAAGCCUAAAGCGACAUGAACUUCGUUUACGAAACAAAAAAUGGCAAAAACUUUCUUUACAAAGUGAAAAAUGAAAUAAUUUUUAAAAAUUUUACUAUCUACAUGUAUCCUUUACUAACGCCCUACCUUACCUUUACUCCUACCUUUAUCCCGAACCCUGCCUAUACUCUUACUCUUACUUCUAUCCCUACUCCUACACCCACUUUUACCCGUAUCCCUACUUCUAAAUUACUAUUCACUACCCUAUUCUACCCUACCGCGACUCAUCUUACUGUAAUUUUUUGAUUUCCAGUGGUAAUCUACAAGUCUCCAUACGAAACCCAGUACUUUUGCUGUGGCCAACCCUACAACUCAGAGGGAUGUACCACUCGUCAGUACCAUGUGCACCAACAAAUCACUCAAAACGAUCUGAAUUGCCAUUUUAAAAGCACCGAAGCCGUCCGACCUUAUGAUAGAACGGCAAGACGGGUCUAUGCCUUGGACUGUGAAAUGAUCUUCACCACGUUGGGAUCGGAAGUGGUCAAAGUGGUACUGCUCGACAGGAAUGGUACCGUUUUGAUUGACACUUUUGUUCAGCCAAGAGGAAGAGUUAUUGAUUUGAAUACGAGGACUUCAGGUAUUACCGAAGAGGAUCUGAUGGAUGUUGAUAUGACUUUUGAUGAGGUGAGGGUUUAAAAAGAUUUAAGUUUUUUAUAGGCUAUGAAAUGACGAUAACUUUCUUUACAAAACAAAAAAUGGCAAGAACUUUCUUUACAAAAUAAAAACUGACAAGAAAUUGCUUUACAAGUCGAAAAACGGCAAGAACAUUCUUUACAAAACGACAAAUGGCAAGAACUUCCUUUACAAAUUAUAAAAUCGCAAAAACCGGCCUAUUCGCAGAGGUGACAAGGUAUACGAAGAAUGUGAAUAGUGGUUAUUUUUUGGUUUGUUAAGAAAGUUCCUGUCAUUUUCUGUUCUGUAAAGAAAGUUCUUGUCAUUUCUUCUUAAAAUCCUAAUCAACUUGAUUCCAGAUGCGUGCCAAACUCUUUGAACACAUCAAGCAGGACACGAUCCUAAUUGGCCAAAGCCUCGAGUUUGACUUUCGAGCCCUCAAGAUGAUUCAUAUGAAUGUGGUGGACACGUCAAUGCUAUUCCAACUGACCGAGAAGGAUGCCAAAUACUCAUUGAAGAGCUUGGCAAGGGACCUCCUCAACCUGAAGAUUCAAAGGAACGGCCACAACCCAGUGGAAGAUGCGAUGACAACCCUGAGGUUGGUCUAUCAAAAGAUCGAGUUGGAUCAGAGGAAGGAGUUUUAUUGA